UAUCUCUUUGCUUCUCAUCAAAUCACAAAGCAAGUUCUCCUUAUACAAUACAAAUAUAGUCCUUAGCUCCUUCAUCAAACUAUCAAUGGCAUCAAACAAAUCCUUCCUCAUAGCUUUACUUCUUGUUGUGACAAUGUCAAGCAUGAGCCUAGAAGCUCGCCAUCUUUUGCAAACAACCACACAACCCAAUUUGCCUACCAUUCCCACUUUGCCACAACCAACAACAUUGCCACCUUUGCCUGCAAUCCCAACAUUGCCUCAAGGAAAUCUUCCACCAUUCCCUACCAUUCCAUCUCUUCCUAAGCUCACCAUGCCACCACUUCCUAGCUUUCCUACUACCAAUAUUCCGACACUUCCAUCUCUCAACAUUCCACCAUUGCCGGCAGUCACUUCACUUCCCAACUUACCUUCAUUCCCAACCACGUUUCCCUCCAUCCCAUUUCUCACCCCACCACCUUCAACCUCUAGCCCUUAAACUCUUCCUCACCUGUUAUCUUUGCAUGCAGUAGACAUAUUGCAUCAUUUCUUUAUUGUGUGUGAUGAAAUUGUACCAGGUUAUGAUGAUAGUAGUAUUUUUGUUGUAUUGUAUGGUGUGAAAGGCCUUUGUAUUUUUUUUUCUACUUACCAAUUUGGCACUAUUGUUUGUACUUUUGAAUUUAUACUAUGUUGAAUUACACAUUUAUAUAUAACUAUGAUUUCUUCUUUUGAA